AUGGCUAUCGACGGUCUCAUAAUCCUAGACCCAGCGGGACGUCCCAUCAUCCAGUCCAGUUACACCACUUAUCCGGCAGCGUACCCCCUGCUUCACAUCGAAGCGUUAAACAACGCACUAGCAAAGGCUCCACGCGAGGGUAGCGUAGACCCAGUUAUAUACGUUGGAGAGCUAUCGUGUUCCAGUGCGUGCUGCCAUGUCGAGGUUGGCGAGAUGAGAUUCAUUGCGACCAUCAGUGGAGACGCGGAUCCUCUCAUCGCGUUCGCCUUUCUCCACGCCUUCAUUGAAAUACUCCACGACUAUUUCGGCACAGUCAGCGUAGCAACUCUCAAGGACAACUUUGACAUUGUAUACCAACUCCUCGAAGAAACGCUCGAUUCAUCUGGACAUCCAUUGACAACCUCACCGAACGCAUUAAGCGAUAUAGUACUAUCGCCUUCCUUAAUCUCGAAGCUUCUCGCUUCGGUAUCACCAGCUACUCCAGGAGUUCCAAGCGCGAGACAAGGAGGCUAUGGAGCUUUUGCAUCGCCGAUACCAUGGCGUAAAGCUGGGGUUCGACAUAAUCACAACGAGAUCCUUUUUGACGUCGUCGAAGAAAUGCGAGGCAUCGUCGGCAAAAAUGGCACGACGUUAGUGAGCAACGUGUUUGGUAAAAUUGAGAGCAAUGCGAAACUUUCCGGGACACCCGACCUGACAUUGACAUUCACGAAUGCAAAUGUGAUGACAGAGUGCGCGUUUCAUCCAUGUGUGCGGUUACAGAAAUGGACACGCGACAAUGCCUUAUCUUUUGUACCUCCUGAGGGGCGGUUCGUUCUAGCAGACUAUCAGUAUAGACCACCACAAAGCGCGGUCAUCAGCAACGUGCCCAUACCACUUUCCCUCAAAGCGAAUAUGGACAUGGGAGAGUUUGGCGGAACAUUUGCACUCACGCUGACCUCGCGCUUGAUAAAGGUGAUGGAGAAUCUAGAGCUGAAAUUCUAUCUCGGAGAAGACGCGACUAGCGCACAGUGUACACUGUCGAGUGCAGGUUCGAGUGUAGGAUCUGUGGGAAGCGCAGAUGGAUCAUGGGCAUUUGAUAUGAGAACAAAGACGCUUCGAUGGGAGAUACUCAAUAUGCGGUCUUCGGGGAGCUGGAUUCUUCGUGGUUCAUGGACGUCAAAAAUCAAGGCUCCGCGUCCAGCACACGCGUUCCAAAUACGCUUCGAGAUACCCUCCUAUAGCUUCUCUUCGCUCAAGGUUGAUCAGUUGCGGCUCUCAAGCGAGACGUACAAGAUGUACAAGGGAGUGCGGAUGCGCAGCAAAGGCUCGAUCGAGUGGAGAUGGUAG